GUUUCAUUUCCGGUUCGUGAUUUCAUAUUUGGACAAGAUGGGUCCACCAAAGUUAAAGAGACAAUUUAGUAUUGCUAAGAAACAAUUUGAAGUUCGUCAUCCAAUUCGGCCUUUUAUCAGUUCAACUUUUCUUGACUUUCAACUUGAAAGAGAAUACCUUGUAAAAAAGAUCUUCCCAACUAUAAAUGCUGUUUGCCAGGAUAGAGGGACAUAUUUUGCCCCGAUUGAUCUUCGAUGGGGCAUAAAUGACGAACAAGCAGCAUCGGGCCAAGUCCUCCAAAUGUGCUUGGACUAUAUAGCACAUUCAUCACCAUUUUUCAUUUGUUUAUUGGGAGAACGUUAUGGCUCACAUAGACCUACUGAUAAUCCACCUUUACCAGGAAAAUAUGAGGAUCUUCCAGAUGAUUGUCAUUGGUUGGAUAAAAAUUAUAUGGUGGCAGCCUCUAGUGGAUAUGAUUGGGUACUUCAGGAUGCAUAUCAAAAUUGUAGUAUUACGGAACUUGAGGUUAUCGAAGCUGCAUUUUUGACGGAAGAUGAACAUUGCUAUUUCUACUUCCGUCAGCCCGAGCAUACGGAUCAUCUGUUUACUGAAUUACCAGAGGCUGAGAGAGAACGAGAACUUGAAAUGUUUCAGUGUGAAUCUGACUAUGCAUCUCAAAAAAUUCACGAUUUGAAAAAUAGAAUUGUGAAGAAAGGACUUCCGGUGAAAUAUUUUAGCACACCAGAACAGCUUGGGAAAAUGCUCCUUGAAGAUUGGUUGGCUGUCGUUGAUGCGAUGUACCCGCCAUUACUCGAUGAGCUUAACGAUUACGGACCAUUGAUGACUUCCAAGGAUCGAAAAUCGAGUAUAAGGGAACGAAAAUCUAGUAUAAAGGAUAGAAAAUCUAGUAUCAAGGAUCGAAAAUCUAGUAUCAAGGAUCAGAAAUCCCGUCAGUGCAGUAUUUAUGAAGAUAUAAGUCCAUCUUUGUAUAAACAGACCAAGAGUCGGACCAAAGAAGCUGCUGAUCAGUUCCGGGAUUGGAUGAUCCAUGAAUCGUUUGCCGAAACACGACGACGUGUCUACGUGCGUACACCAGAACUAGAAGAGCUCAUGAGUCAGCUGACUGAUUUUGGCCAAUCAGUCUUGACUGAAAAUGUUGGAAAACCUUUGGCGCAUUACACAACUUCACUGAAUCCAGUCGACCCAUCUUCCUCUGUUUUACUACUGGAGGGUCGUAGAGGAUGCGGCAAGACCACCGUGUUGGCCAAUUGGAUCAAGGAGUUCUCUGAAGAGUUUCCGACAGUGAAGGUGAUUUCUCACUAUGUUGGUAGCAGCAGCAUGAGCAAGAACAUUAUUGCAUUCAUGAGACGGUGUAUCAUGGAGCUGAGAGAGGAAAACUAUAUAGGUACAGACUCUGAAGUUUGCCAGACUGGGGAGGACUACCACAGAGUGUGUGAGGCAUUCGUGGCAUCUAUAUCAUUCUCACCAUGUAUUCUGUUAAUAGAUGGCAUUGAUGAGCUUACUGGCUCAUAUGGUCUAACUACGCAACAGAUUAAAGAAUUAACAUGGUUACCCAAGACAUUACCGCCACAUUGUAAGUUCAUCAUAACCUCAGCUAAGAAUGACCUCACUUACAAAUCAUUGGUUGAGAGGCAAGACCUCGCCAUGGUAACUGUUCCUCUUCUCUCAGACUCAAACUCCAGGAGUUGCGUCAUAAAGGAGCAUUUAGCAUUACACUGUAAAUGUCUCAACGAAGCUCAACUAAGUCAAAUCGUAUCAUGUAAACUCAGUGAUCGGCCAUUGUUCCUGUCAGUACUGGCCAAUGAGCUGAGACUAUUUGGAGUUUACACCCGAUUGGAUUAUCAUUUGGAGAGCUACUUAGAGGCGACAACCAUCAGAGACCUCUGGGCAAAGAUUAUACAACGUUGGGCAAAAGAUUAUGGUUGGCCCUGUGUCCCAGAGAGAUCGGAGAGCACACUUACGUCAUUAACAGAGGGAACAUCUGCAGUUAAAGAGCUGACAGGCUGGGUUGCUGAUGCACUGCGUCUUAUAACAAUAGCUCGCUAUGGACUGACACAGACAGAGAUUUUGGAGCUAUUACAACAGAUGGGAUAUAGAGGGCGCACUGAGGUCUCUCUGUUUGACUGGGCGAGAUUUAGAACUGCUUGCAUGGACUCCUUGUUUGAAGGCCCUGGGGGAUUGUUGAAUUUCUUUCACCAACAUUUCAAAGAAGCUGUGGAAUAUACUUUGUUUGGCACAACAAUAGGUGGCACAAGUAUGGUUGAGACUAACCAAUCACAAUCUGUGUUGAUGACACCCCGCCCCGCAGCUGACAAAAAGACGUACCAUAAACAACUGGCCCGCUACUUCUGGCAGCAGUCUCAUAGUAAACGUCGUAUGGAGGAGUUGCCAUUUCACCUUGAGCACGCAAAUGACCUUGAGGGACUUUCUAGAGCUGUCUCUGAUCCCAGGAUAUUCUUUGAGAUGGUAGGUGACCAUCACCAGACGUCAACAAAGCUUGACUUGAUACACUACUGGGAGCUCCUCAAACCUGCGAACUAUGAUCCUAGCACCAUCUAUAGGAACAUGGUGAAACUAGCCAGUGGGCAUGAAGAUACAGAAGCUGACGAUGAAUUAAAUGGGAGUAAUACACCAGCUAAUGCAAUACCCACUCCACCCAGCCCCAUAGUCACACCUGCCCCCAAGAUCUUGCUCUCCAGGGUCAGUGAGCUGUCAAUCAUAGAGGAGAAAAGCAUGGAGAAUGGAAGCCUGGCAAACUACAGACUACAAGGCUUACAGGAGGCAUUUGAUGACACACUAUCAGAGACUACCAGCUUAAACAAUGAUGUGAUGAGUGAAGGUUCUCACAGUGUUGUAUCAGAGAAUGUACAUGAGGAGAAACAGCAUGAUGAGGAGAAACAGCAUGAUGAUGUAUUUGAUCAAGUCAUUAGCAAAGAUGUUACUGGAUCUGAGACUCCAGAUGAUACCAAGGAACAACCCCUUAAUUCCCAUGAAUUAGCUGCACUAGCUAAGUGUGCAGGACAGUUCCUAUCUGAACUGGGCCACUUCCAACCUGCUGAGGAAUUACUGCUGAAGGCUCAUGAACAGCUAAUACAGAGUUUUCCACUGACUUCCCCACAACAGCUGUUGCUAUGCAACAUACAGGAGAGUAUAGCUGACCUCUAUCUCUUCCAAUUGAAGAAGGAACCGGCAGAGCAAUGGUACAAGAAAGCAUUAGACACGUUGCGAUUCCUCUCGCUGACAGAUGGUGCUGCAGCAGAUGGAGCAGAUGCUGAGGAAAUUAAAGGUCGUCUUCUGGAUCACCUUGGUAACAUGAAAACACAUGAGAAGCAGUACGCAGAGGCUGAGGACUUGCUUAGUGAGGCCCAACAUUGUAUGGAGUCAGCAAGCAGUACCACUGGACAAGCCACUCUCUUCUAUCAUAUUGGAAUACUCAGGUUAAAACAACACAAACUUGACGAAGCUGGCCAUCUCUUCAAAAACUCUCUUUGUAUUAGAGAGCAGUGGUUUGGCAAAUCUCACCCUCUUGUGGCAGAAGUGCUUAAUGACCUGGCAGGAUUACUUGCAGAUAAAAACUAUUCAGGGUUUAAUUUAUCUGAAGCCAAGGUGUUAUAUAAGAGAGCAUUGAAGAUACGGGAACAAUCGCUAGGCAACAGACAUCUACUUGUAGCAACCACACUUUUUCAUUUAGGCCGUCUUUUGAGGAAUUCGCCAGUAAAAUAUGACAAGCAGCAAGCCAUAGAGUUCAUGAAGAGAGCGCUGGAUAUACGCACAAAUAAAUUAGGCUCAGAACAUCACUUGACAAAAGUUGUAAGACGAAUGCUGAACAGUGUGGAAAAGAAAAUAAAGAUGGGGCUUUAUGAGUGUGGUCCUGCUAAACCCUUAGAUGCACGGCAUGAAGAUACGCCAUAUAGCAAUCUCAGUUAUCGUGAUAAAGACCUUCAUGACUUUGAGACCAGGAGGAAGCCUCGUCCAACCAGUAGUUUUUCAGAUAAGGUUAGAAGGGCAGGAUGUUAUCGGAAACUGUCUAUGCACCAGCAUAGUAUAGGAUACACUGAGAGGUUCAGAGCAUUACGGCGGACUAAUACAUCAUCUGGUGACAGUGAUAGUGAUUUAGAGACCGAAUCUCGCCCAAACACAGGUGGAACUAUUUCCACGAGACCAAACACAGCAGGGAGUCAUACUAGAAGCAAUAAAGAUGAUUUAUCCCACUCAUAUGUUUGCAAGACUACUAAAUUACAUGCAGAUGAAAAACUUAAUGUGCCUCUGACAAGGGAAUAUUUAUCACAGCGUGUCAUGCCAGCUGAAAUUCAACUGUCGGAAAUUUCCCCUCAAAGACCCAAAACUGCACCAGGACGUUCUCAUCGUGUUUUAAAGAAACAAUCUGAAAUUGAAAAAGACUCAGAGAAUCUGGAAUAUUCCACACGAAGAUUGCUAAAUAGGAAAGCAGUGUCAAGAAAAACUGUUAAAUACAAGGAGUCAGAUGAUAAAAACAUAAAAAAUGAUGAUAUUAAACCCAGUGAUGAAUCUAGACCAAAUAUGGAGUCUUUAAUACCACAGUCAAGUUUAGCAGAAGAAAGAGACAAUAAAAAUGAACACAUACAGUAUUAUAUUGAUAAUUACGCAAACGAAUUAGAAAAAGCCGAGCGAAUAGAACCUGAUGAAUCAGAUUCACAUGUUGGUGUAAAAAGGAGAAACACUAAAAGAAAGCAUAGUCGUCCGAAAAGUGCUCCUGAAAUGUUAUUUGAAAGGUAUGCUAGCUCCACCUAUAGAGCUGAUUUGAAACCAGCUAGGGAUGAAUCUGCUGGACAUUUCCGUCGUGUGAAUGUCCCCACAGGGAACAGUAGAGCAAGUAGCGGGUAUAGCCUGCGUAGUCAUGCGCCAUCACUUGGCCACACCUCCAACUGUUCAAUAUCGGGCACCCAUACUAUAGACCCAAGUAAUGCUCGUAAUGUGUCUGUCGGCCCAAACUGCAACAUUCUCAGUCUUUUAGGACCUCCCCCUAAUCCGAGAGACCCAUUUUUGAAAAUCCAACACAAAUCUGCAUGGUAUCACUUCCCUGGACGUUAUUACACGCAGGAUGUCCCUGUGCCCCCUAAAAGACACCAGAAACGUGUACCUUCAUCUAAUAAACUGAAACUCAGGGAGAAAAAACCUGUUGUGAAAUCUAAUUCAACUGGGGAUCAUGCAUCUUAUUAUUACCCACAUAACUUUCAACUAAUGGGGAACCAAUUUGAGGGAGACUACCCCAGGAACAGCAUACGCAAACCUUCAAGUGCUGGCAAGUCUAUCCACAGUGUCAAAUUCCAAGAUGACUUUAUGUAUUAGGUUUAUUGAACAUUUUUAAAAGGUUUAAAAGUUAUCUUCAGUAUACACCAAGUUAUCAAAAAGUGAUUUCUAUUUUUUUCACUUAGCCACUACUAUUAAAAUAAAAUAGUGUUCUAUUAAGGGAUUAGCUAGCAGCAAGAGGAUAUGAAAUGAGAGAUUAUUUUUGUAAUCAGUUCAUUAAAUAUGUUUCAUGAGUAUUGGUAAUAUAUUUUUACUGCCAGAUUAUUUUAGUAAAUGGAGAUUGUUGAGAGACUGUAAAAAAUAAACAUUAUUUAUUUAUUUAAUUUGAGAUUGAUUUGAAUAUUUUCAUACAGUAGCUCCUUAGUAUAUCCUCAGUGAUCACU